AAACCGAGUCGGCAAACUCCGCGCGACCAGUGCGUCGAAUCGAUCUUCUCAGUCGAGCCGUUCUACGAGCUACUGUUAUUCCUUGUAAUCUUCGUCGCGCCGCGACAUCCUUUUCGCAAGUGUCCCCGAGAACUCGAAAUCUCGUGAACUAUGUCCGAGGCGCACGUCGACGAGUACGAGCACUUCAACUACGACUUCGACAAGCAUAUCUUCACCGCUCACGGCGGCAAGCAGAGAAGCAAACGCGAAGCUGUCGCGCACACGAAUCACUUCGACCCGAGCGGCCAUUCCAGAAAGAUUCUCACCAAGCUGAUGAACACCGAGCACAACAAACGGCAGACGAGCAAGGGCAAGGUGUAGAGGUUAGACCUCGCUCCAACUCGAUUCUACUCAUCAUAAACGUUCCUAUUUUCGCUGCCGGUGUCAAAUUGGAUCUCAUCUUACAGGACUUACCUCCCCCCUAAGGCGUCUGAAAUAAAAAAAUAUAUAUAUUCUUUUUUUUACUGUCUAAAAUGUAUUUAGUAUCAUAGAUUCUCAUCUAACAUAAGAUCAGCACGAUAGUUCGUGUCUCAUUAUUAUCAUUUAUGUCAAAAGCACGCGAACAAUCACGUUAUGUAUAAAAGUACAAAAUAACGUAUGUCGCACUUCGGUUACUUAUGCGUGAAUCUGGAAUUCACAUGACAUUGUUUUCUUUUUUUUCCUUUUUUCUUUAUAUAGGAUAAUGUGUGGUGAUACUACAUUAAUUUUUGCGUGUGUUGUUAAGCAAAUUUGUUGAUAAGCAAUGUUCGAAAAAUUCAUGAUUUAUAUAAUAAACGAUAGGUGAAUCAAUUAAUUGAAGUCUUCUAAUAUUUAUGUUUUCGUAUACAUCGCAACAAAGAGCAGUUGUUGAAAGGAGUAACGAUUGAAUGAUAAACUUCGCUAUCAGUUCCUUAUCAUAACGAGCGAUACUUUACCGUGGCAUAUUGUGAAAAACAUAUUUAUAAAGAAGGCUGAACUGAUCAAUUCGAAUUAAUUUGAGAAUACGAUGUUGAUGUUCGAUCAAUACAGAUCGCCUGCAUGUUGUAAUCAAUGAUACUGUUAAUUUAGAAUAGCGUAAUAUAUUUCUUAAGUUUUUUGCGCGAGAAAAUACAUUGGCCUUGUCUACAAUAAAGAUUUAAGCUUUAAGCCGUAAGAAAUUGACCAAUCGUAACUAAGUAUUGUUAUAAAAAACUACUGUGAUUGGUCGGUUUCUUAUGGCUUAAAGCUUAAAUUCUUUAUUGUAGAUUAGGGGAUUAUCUUGUAUUGACAUGAACAUCAUGUAUGAUUAUACAUAUUGAAAGAAGAAAUGUGAAAUAAAGAUUUCUAAUUAACGAAAGAAUAUACUUUUUUGCUUAUAAAAA